CUGAGGGUGGGUCCUGCUGUGUGCCUGAGGUCUGGGCUGUGCCUAAUGACUUGCUGCUCUGAAAUUUAAUCAUCCAGGGCCCGUUCAUGUACCUCCGAGGAAAACCAAAAUGCUUCUCGCUUCACCUCGGAAUCCUUCCCCUCACAAUGUUCUUCUUGGUCUUCUUUGGCUAUGGGUUCCUGAGCCAAAGAAGUCAGGAAUUGGGACACCAAGGAACUGUGACUAGGAUGGUCUACAUCCAGCCAAAGGUGCUAACACCCAGUAGGAAAGAUGUUCUUGUCUUGACUCCGUGGCUGGCUCCCAUCAUCUGGGAGGGGACCUUCAACAUCGACAUCCUGAAUGAGCAGUUCAGGCUUCAGAACACCACCAUUGGACUGACCGUGUUUGCCAUCAAAAAGUAUGUGGUGUUCCUGAAACUGUUCCUGGAGACAGCAGAGCAGCACUUCAUGGUGGGACACAAGGUCAUCUACUAUGUCUUCACUGACCGUCCUGCCGAGGUGCCGCAGGUGCCCCUGGGGGCAGGACGGAAGCUGGUGGUGCUGACCGUGCGCAACUACUCCCGCUGGCAGGAUGUGUCCAUGCACAGGAUGGAGAUGAUCAGCCACUUCUCUGAGCGGCGCUUUCUGCAGGAGGUGGACUACCUGGUGUGUGCAGAUGUGGACAUGAAGUUCCAAGACCACGUGGGUGUGGAGAUUCUCUCAGCACUCUUCGGUACCCUGCAUCCUGGUUUCUACAGAAGCAGCCGAGAGGCCUUUACUUACGAGCGCCGGCCGAAGUCCCGGGCCUACAUUCCCUGGGAUGAGGGCGACUUUUAUUACAUGGGGGCCUUUUUUGGGGGGUCAGUGGUGGAGGUGCACCAUCUCACCAAGGCCUGCCAUCAGGCUAUGGUGGAGGACAAGGCCAAUGGCAUUGAGGCCGUGUGGCAUGAUGAGAGUCAUCUGAACAAGUACCUGUUGUACCACAAGCCUACAAAGGUGCUGUCCCCAGAGUACAUGUGGGACCAGCAGCUGCUGGGCUGGCCCUCCGUCAUGAAGAAACUGAGAUAUGUGGCUGUGCCCAAGAACCAUCAGGCAAUCAGGAACCGAUAGCUGAAUUCCUGUUGGAGAGGCCAGGCUUAUAUCCAGGGUCACUCCAGGCUGUGUGGAACUGGGAAGAUUUGAGAGACAUAAUGAAGUGUCGCCAUCUACCCCACCUCAAUCUGGCAGGCCCAGUGCCACUUGGAUUACCACAUUCUGAGGCCCUGGAGUGACAGUCACUUUCAGUUCCCACUGUGUCCCUAAGCUCCUUCUCCUCAGGGGCUUGGUCCUGGAGCCUCCAGAAACAAGAGAAACUGUCAUGCAGUUACCUGAGGGCUUGGGCAUCCUCACUCAGUAGUUUCUUCCUCUUCUGGAGGCUUGGAAGGUGGUCAUUGUGCAUGGAAGAGGCAGGAGGGCAGGGAGACUCACAGCCUGCAGGCCUCUGAGGUGCUUAGUUCCUGCUCAGCCCAGAUGGCAGAUCAACAACCAGGACCCUCACCUCUACUCAGUUUUGGUACAUGAGGCAAUAGUUAAUUAUCCAUCCUGGGAAUAAAUGUAUUUGUUGAUGAUGUGGGAAGUUUUAAAUUUUCUUUCUCUUUAUCUGAGGUACUUGGGGUUGAAACCAGAACCUCAUGGAUGCUAUUUGAGCAUGUUGCCACUGAAGCUCAAUCCCAGUCCAGGUUCUCCUAGGACACACAUGACUGGACUUGCUGAGUCUUAG